AUGUUGCGGACAAUAAAGCCCAAGAAUGCACGCGCGAAAAGAGCGUUGGAUGCGAGAGAACCUAAAGAAGUGGAGGAUGCACGGACAGCCAUAUUCGUACGCGGAACACACACAGGAGAAGUAGUGAACAACGUAAUGAAGGAGCUGAUGGCUCUGAAGCGUCCGGAUGCCAUAUCAUUCUCGAAGAAAAAUGCCAUUAGGCCGUUUGAAGAUUCAUCGUCGCUGGACUUUUGGGCCCAGAAGAACGAUGCGUCCAUGUUUUUGGUAGGGCAGAGCACAAAGAAAAGGCCAGCGGGGCUUGUGCUUGCUCGUAUGUUCGACUCAAAAGUCUUGGACAUGUGCGAAUUUGGUGUAGACAAGUUUGUGAGCAUGUCAGAAUUCAAGACACCAAAAUCGACACCGGGGCAUAAGCCGAUGAUGCACUUUGCUUCAGAGCUCUUUGACACACAUCCACGCUACAUCCAGCUCAAAUCGCUGCUUAUGGAUUUUUUCAAUGCAGAAGUGAUAGACUCGAUAUGUCUCGGUGGUUUGGAGCACAUUAUCAGCGUCAGUGUCGCACCUUCGUCGGGACUGAAUGGGGCGACGGGCUUGUCCCUCGGUGAUGGGCAGUCGUCAGAGGAUUUGAGCAAACUGCCAAAGGUGUAUGUACGGACGUAUACGGUUCGCAUGCUUGCCUCGGGAACCCGAGUACCGCGCGUCGAGCUGAGUCCCAUGGGGCCUUUCCUCGAUCUGUCGCUGCGGAGAAGUCAGGCUGCGGAUCCUGAUCUAUGGAGGGCUGCGAUGAAGCGACCGAAGAUGAAGAAGCAGGAUGUGGAGAAGGGUCUCGGGAAGAAGAGGAAGAACCUCGAGGUGGACGAGCUGGGCGACUUGAGGGGGAGAGUGCACAUUGCGAAACAGGAUCUGGACAAGCUGCAGACGCGGAAGAUGAAGGGGCUGAAGGCAGGACCUGGCGAGGGCGAUGGGGAGUCUACGGAGGAGGGCGAUGGGGAGGAUGAAGGGUCGAAGCGACGGAAGAGAAGAAAGAGCAGCUAGACCUUGUGACCUUGCGGGCAUUGUGUGGUAGAGCUAG